AUGAAUACAAAACCUUAUGAUAAACGCAGAUUCCUUUGUGGCACUUCUGUUGAGCUGGGCGGCGUUGGCGUGGCUGGGGUGCCUCUGGUCUUCGCGAUGGAACUGAGGGACAUGAAACACUUCAUUAUCCCUGACGACCUCAUCCAACAUGCGGUUGAGGAUGUAUGGGUGUCCAUGAAAUACGUUGCGGAGGAACUGACAGGAGGUGAAGACUCCACGACCAAAGAAACGAAACUUCCAGGUGUAGAAAUUGUUGAGUCCCCGUUAAAGGAAGUGUGGGAAACCACCGUCGCUUCGUAUACAGAAAACGGUAAUGACGGGGAAGGAGAAGCAGAGACUACGGUAAACCCGGAUAUCCAAAGUGACGCAGUUACCGCCAUGCAGACUAGCACAGCAGCGCCCGAAGUGUCUGAAAGCAGCAUUUCCGGACUUGGUAUAACAAAUGCGUUUACUGAGAUUGUUCAUAACGCUCUGAAUCAAAAGGGUAUUCAGGAUGUUCGGAAAGAUUCGAUAAGGAAACCAACUCUAUGGGAAAUAGUCCUGUCCUAGCCCCAUGGAGAGUGGAUUCUUUUAGUUCUAAACCCUUGAAUCACAAUAAACUGUGACAUAUCACAUCUUUACAUGAAAAAAUAAAAAUACACGCACAUGCAUACAUACAAACAUGCAUGCGUGUGUAUGUUGUAACGGUAUCUCACUUUGAAAGCUAUAAUUGUGUUGCAAAAUUUACUUGAUCCAUUUCCUUGGCAUACAAAUAUAUUAUGUAUUUGUGUAAAUGUAUAUUUAUUCAGUAAAUGCAUGAUGACAAA